UUUACUGCGUGUGUAAUGUGUGUGUGGGUGUGUGUGCGCGUUUUACUUUUUGCAUGAAUCUGUUGUAUGACUGCGUACAUGUGAACGUCUAUUUUUUUUGCCAUGUCGACAUCCGGAACAUUGAGUUACUACGUCGAUUCCCUUAUUCUGCCCGAGAGCGAGGAGCUCUCUGUGCCGAGAUACCCCUCCGGUCCUGGGCUGCAGCACUCCAGGCACCCCGCCUCCAUUAGCGACCACAGCGAGCUUGGAAGCUGCACGUUCCCGUCCAAACCUCCGGUGUUCGGGCCAUCAUGGAGUCACGUCCCUGCUCAGUUCCCCGGCGCCGUUUCUUCUGUGUAUCACCAUUAUGGGCAUCCUCAAGGCCCGGUCGGUGCAGAUACAGAUGGCCGCUAUCAGUCAUGGCUCCUGGAGCCUAUGUCCGGUUCCCUGCCCAUGGCCGGAUUACCGACGACACAUCACUACGGAAUCAAACCCGAGGGUCUAGGGACGCGAGUUGACGGCGCGCUGCCCGGCUCCCAUACGGCGCUGCUGCUCUCUGAUUACGCCAACGGGACGGUAGGGACGGCAUCACCGGUAGAAAAGGACACACAGUCCGGCCAAGGAGGGGACACGAGCGGGGAAGGUGAAGAGAAACCGGGCCUCGAUCCAAAUAACCCAGUGGCCAACUGGCUCCACGCGAGUGCCACGAGAAAAAAGCGCUGUCCGUACACCAAGCACCAGAUCCUGGAGCUGGAGAAAGAGUUCCUCUUUAGCACCUACCUGACCAGGGACCGUAGGUACGAGGUGGCGAGGCAAUUAAACCUCACCGAGAGACAGGUUAAAAUCUGGUUCCAGAAUCGCAGGAUGAAGAUGAAGAAGUUUAAUAAAGAGGGCGCCCCGAAAGAGAGUGACUGAACCGUAGAUAUUUAGCGAGCUUUGUGUGUGGAAGCUCUUAACCCUGCUGGACCUUGUUUUUAAACUCAUUGUCUUAUUGUUCUGUAUAACAGAAGCUUUUAGGCUUAUUCGUCUUGUAAAAAAAAAGCAUGUUGGGUUUCAGUUUGAUGCGACUACCUUUAUAUUGCACAAUUUUAACGGUGCACACUCGUUUUGUAUUUGUUCAUUUCUCAUGUUGAUUUUAUUAAUACCUCGUUUAAGUGUAUCAGUUGGCCUGGUCCCUGUGCUUGUUUGUGAAUGGAUGUUUCAGUGUGCUCUUGUUUGUUUGUAGUUCUAUUUGUUGUCUAUCUCAGAGUCACCUGAGCGCAUAGUUUGUAAAAUGUAUUAAUUUUGCUGUUGUUUCUCCUUUACUGCUUAGAACUAUGACUGAUGACCAUGAGUUUGAAUCUAACAUUGGACCCGUAGAAAACAGACUGAUGGCAUUUUGAAGUAGGUUCAUAAACCUCAUAAACCUCUUGAAAAUGCUAAAACACUAAAUUAAAAGAUGUAACAUAAGCUAUAUCACACCAGACGAUUGACUAUGUCUUUCAACUACCUACAAUAAUACUAUUUUUUUCAAUUGCGG